AGUGCUGCUACUUAAGUGUAGCCGUCUCAUGCCUAUUUUUGUCUAUGGAGAAAAAACGAAUAAUCGCGAAUUGAGAAUAUUUUAGUUAUUUCAUGCUAGAUAUUCUUUCCGAUAAAAAUAGUGAAUUUGUAACAUAGAAAUAAAUUAAUUUUUAAAUUUCUUGAUUUCAUAGAAUUUCACAGAAUUUCAUAGCAAGAAAAAAAAGGCGUACUAAAGAGUUGCUUCAGCUUUUCUAAUCAACGCUUUUUACGGAUAUUUUGUGGAAACUUACGAUUGCUGUAACUUUUAUUUUUUUAUUCUAGAUUUAAUAUUUGAAUAUAGAUAGAGCACAUAUCUUACAAUUAGAGAAAUUCCUAAGGUUUGCUGUGUUUGAAAAACGUUGCAUGAUUUCGUGCUUCUUGCGGCGCAGUGUGAAUGCUUAUAUUGGGCAGGUCUCAAAAGAUUUGUCAAACUCUACAAAAUUUAGUACCCAUAGGCAUUCUUCUGUCACUUUUACAACUCACUUUCGAAUAACACCUAAUAUGAGUGAGAAAACUGUUACUUUGGAUAAUAUAAAUCCUAAUAUUAAAAGCAUAGAUUUUGCACUGCUUGGUCCUAUGGCUAUUCGAGCGAAGGAAAUCGAAAACGAACUUACAAAGGGCAUGAAGAAACCUUUUACUGAGGUUAUCAAAACUCACAUUGGAGACUGCCAUGCUAUGGGUCAGAAACCACUGACUUUUCUUCGACAGGUGUUAACACUAUGUGCAUAUCCAGUUUUGAUGAAAGAUGAGGGAUUUCCAGAUGAUGUGAAGGAAAGAGCACGUGAUAUUCUUAAAUUCUGUGGAGGGGGAAGUGUUGGUUCUUACAGUGACAGUGCGGGUGUAGAGAUAAUUAAGAAGCAUAUUGCUCAAUACAUAGAAAGACGCGAUGGCAUUCCUACAAACUAUUUGGACAUUAUAUUAAGUUCUGGUGCUACUCAAGGUAUACAGAAUGUAUUGAGCUUGUUCAAGUGUUCUGAUAAAGCAAAGCCAUCAGGAGUAAUGAUACCUAUACCACAAUAUCCAGUAUACUCUGCUACUAUUGCUGAAUAUGGAAUGCAUCCUGUAAGUUUUUUAUUUUAUUUUUUUUUAUUAUUAUGCAUAGUUCUGAACUAGAAUAGGAUGCACCUAAGAAUUGUACUUCAUCUUAAAGGGAGGUGCAUUUUU